UACGAACGGUCGCGACUUUUGGAAAAGAUUCACGCAGGAUUUCGGUUCGUGGUAAAAUAAUAAAAAAAACAAUAAUGCACGGGGUGCCUAUUAACCACGUGGGGGAUUGUCGCGCAGGCGAUUCGAAUCGUCGGCGGAUUCGCUUGCGGCUCAGUCAGUGAACUUAAUUGAUAUGGACAACUUGGGAUACGUUCCCGACGAGAAUGGACGAGUUUUUGCCGUUUCCCGAUACCCAUCAAAUCCUUACAUACCAAAUGAUUACUUAGUGGCAGUUAACAGCAGAGCCAAAAUAUUUAAAAAACCUGAAUUCUUCAAAAGAUUAUCCUUGUUACUAUGCAUCGUAGCCAUUGUUUUCCUAAUAGCCUUAAUCAUACUAAUAGUUCUUUAUGUGAAACGUCGUCCUAAAGUUUGCACAACAGACGAGUGUUUAAGAGCAGCAGCUAACUUCAAAUAUUCGAUCGAUUUUACGGUAGAUCCUUGUGAUGAUUUCUACCAAUUUACGUGUGGAAAUUGGGCGGAGGAACAUCCGAAUCACGGAUGGUACGCCUCAUUCUCCACCUUUUCCACCAUCGACGAAAAACUGUCGAUACAUCAAAUGAAAUUCUUUGAAUCAGAACCGGACAAAGACGUCCAAGAACCGGAAGCCGUUGUCAAGGCUAGAAACAUGUACAAAUCUUGUAUGGACGUAGAAGCACUCAACAAUUUAGGGGUGACUGUUUUGAUGAGAUAUUUGAACGAGACCGGUUUGCCGAUCAUUCCCAGCAUUUUUACCAAAACGGAGGAGGAGCAGCAACAACUCAAAUUCGAUUGGUUAAAAGUGGAGGCCCAAUUGAAGAAGACUUUCGGCAUGGACGUUUUCUUCGGGUUUCAGGUGUCCGCUAAUUUGUAUAACAUAUCGGAAAAUGUUAUUUAUUUGGGAACUCCAGGCGCCAAGUCCCCGCUUCCAAGUCCAAUCAAACAGGAGUGGCUUAAGGGUGAAGGCAAAGACAGGGAUAAAAGUAAAAAUGAUGAAGAAAGUAGUGAAGAAGAAUACGAGGUUUUAGUGCGUCAGACAAGAUCGAAUAUUGUUAAGUAUGUAGUUCAGGGGAUGAUGCGUAAUAACUCUAUGGAGGAGCCCGAUGCUGCUGUCCUCGAACUGGCCGCAGAGAUUAUUAACAAUGUUACAGACUACAUCAAAGAAAUGUCCAAAAACUACACGUCACAUCCAAACAGUUACGACGUCUACAAAAAAUCAAUACCCGAAGCCCAGACUACCAUAAACUUGGGAUUAACGAAUCUGACCUCAAACAAGUACCCAGACUUUUACCUAACAUAUAUAAACCACGUGUUUAACGGUACCAACGUGACAAUUGACCCGGAUACAGAUUAUAUCUAUUUUUACGACCCGGAAGAACAAUACAUGCCAAUUAUGCUAGCUUACAUCUUGCAAUUAUCUGACGUUCAACGGGAAUUAUACCUGUGGUGGACAACUGUCUAUGCGAUGAUCAUGAACACCUCCACCGAUAUAGCCGAAUACAUUGCUAUUGAGGUUGCCCCCUUUUACGGUGACAGAAACGUCUAUAGAUUCAGAUCUUUGGAGUGUUCGAACCUAGUUGGUUCUUACAUGGGCAUGGCUGUCAGUUAUAUUCUUGCGGACGUUGCCUUUAAGGACAAAACCAGACCGAAAGUCCAGAGGAUGAUACAGGAAAUAAAGGCCGCAUUUGAAGAGGAGCUCAGCAGCAUCCAGUGGAUGGAUAAGGAAACGAAGAAGGUUACUUUGGAGAAGUGCGAGGAGACCUUGAGUUUCAUCGGUUAUCCGGAUUGGUUAUUUAAAAAUGGAUCCAUUGAUUAUUUUUAUAGAAAUGUUGAGUUGAAGCCAGACACCUUUUUGGAAAACAUGAUUAAGAUCAUACAAGCGGAGGCGGAAAAUCUGAACGAUUUAAGAGUUCCUAAUGGAAGAAAUUGGACAACAGAACCUAACACUGUGAAUGCCUACAAUUCAUUUUUUGACAAUGCAAUAAAUGUUCCUAUGGCGAUUUUAAACUUCCCAAUGUACAACUUAGGUUUAGAGGUUUUAAACUAUGGUUCAAUUGGAGCAAUAUUAGGGCAUGAAUUAACGCAUGGUUUUGACAACUCAGGUAGAAAACACGACAAAUAUGGUAACUACAUACAAUGGUGGUCAAAUAAAACUAUAGAGACUUUUGAGGAAAUGACCCAAUGUUUUGUUACUCAAUACGACAACUUUACAUUAGAAGGCGUCGAAGGACAUGUUGAUGGUAAAAAAACUUUGGGAGAAAACCUUGCAGAUAAUGGAGGUUUGAAUCAAGCCUUCAAAGCCUACGCCAAGUAUGUCAAGGAUUACGGUGAGGAGGACAGACUUCCAGGAUUCGAGGAUUACUCUCCUUAUCAACUGUUUUUCAUCGCUUACGGAAGCAUUUGGUGUGAGAGUGCAUCAAAGGAUGACUUAAAGGAUCAAUUGGAGUAUGACGAACACGCACCAAAUCCGACACGUGUGAUAGGCACCUUGCAGAAUUCCGAAGCUUUUGCGGAAGUUUUCAAAUGUAAGAAAGGGAGCAACAUGAAUCCGGAUCGAAAGAAAUGUAAAAUUUGGUGAUGGCUACGGACCAGACCAGUGAUUUUAACCCGUGUGAUAUUAGAUAUGUUUUAAAGCACUGUUUAGAUUUCCGUUACCAAAGAGUGCCAUUGUGUGAUACUUAAAUGUGACUUAUUUUAAUAUUAAUAAAUACUUGUUGUAAAUAAAGAAGUUUUACUAUUAAAGAUUAUUGAGUAAGA